UCCAUGCUCAAACCGGUCAGCUGUCACAACUUAAAUCGUCUCGUUGAGCUAACUGGUGCCCACCGACAUAACGUUUAGUAUCUCCGUUUUCUCUGCUUUCCGAGGCGGAAUAUCAACACAGCGGGAAGGAUACACACCGACAGACACUACGCUCGUAGCCCCUCUGGGAGCACAGAGGUCCAGGUGAUGCUGUUGGAGCCUCUCAGGUUAUUAUGGGAUGCACACAGAGUUGACCAGCAAUCUCGUAGCCUACCUUGUGUUUAAGGUCCAUGAAGAAAUACAAAAUAACCUGGAAGGAAACAGGAAUGAAGACCAAAGAAAAUCGCCUGGCAUUACUCUGUUCCUAACAUCCCGACCAUAGAGAGAACUUUAAAGGGUGAGGAUGCUGCGGGUGGCGGUGGUCGGUGGAGGGGCGGCGGGUCUCUGUGCAGCGCGGCACAUCCUGUCCAAAGGGAAACGCUUCGCCCCCCCCGUGUUGUUCGAGCUCACCGACAACAUCGGGGGAACCUGGUGCUAUGACGAGAGAAUCAUGUACGAGAACGGGAGGCCGGUUCACAGCAGCAUGUACCGAGACCUACGGACGAAUCUUCCCAAAGAGGUGAUGAUGUUUCCUGAUUUCCCCUUCGACUCCGAGCUGAGCAGCUUUUUGCCGCACCACGAGGUCCAGAAAUACCUGGAGAAAUACUGCCAGAGCCACGGCAUCCGGCCUCACAUCCGCUUUAACACAGCGGUGGAGAAGGUGACGCCUGUUGUUUUGGCGUUGGAGGAAAACAAUGAACAGACGACGUGGGAAGUGACGUCUUGUGAUUCCUCCGGUCUUCAGAAAACAGAAACCUUCGACUCCAUCUUCGUCUGCUCCGGGCAUUACUCUGUUCCUAACAUCCCGACCAUACCGGGGAUGGAGAACUUUAAAGGACAGGUGCUCCACAGUCACUCUUACAGAUCUGCUGAGUCGUUCUCUGGGAAGACCGUCAUCGUUCUGGGAGCAAAAGCUUCAGGACUGGAUAUUUCCAUGGAGCUGGCUAACGCUGGAGCCCAGGUGCGUCUGAGUUUCUCCGGCCCUCCGCUCACCUUCCCUCUUCCUGACGGGAUCCAGGAGGCCGGUUUAGUCGAGGCGGUCGAGAGAGACGGCAGCAUUCGCUUCCAGGAUGGCUCCUCGGGCCCUGCAGACGUCCUGCUGUUCUGCACCGGAUACGUCUUCAGCUUCCCGUACCUGGACGCCGCUCAGCUGAAGCUACAGAUCCAGGAUCAGCUGCUGGCGCCCCUGUACCGCCACAUGAUGCCCCCCAACUUCCCCUCGCUCUUCUUCAUCGGCAUGUGCAAACUCAUCUGCCCCUUCCCCAACUUCCACUGCCAGGUGCAGUUCGCCCUGGCGGUGCUGGAUGGCUCCGUCUCAUUACCCUCGGCUGCUCUGAUGGAGCAGGAGGUGCUGGAGGAGCUGCAGGAGAAGGAGCAGCGAGGCGUUCAGCAGCGCCACCUGAUGGUGCUCCAGCAGCAGCAGUGGGAUUACUGCUCGAUGCUCGCUGACACCGCUCAGUUCCCCCCGCUGCCGCCUGCCGUCAGGAGUCUGUACGAGGAGGUGUGGAGGCAGCGCCGAGAACACCCCAAACACUACCGGAGAAACAACUACCGCCUGAUCGCAGACGACCGCUGGGAGCUCGUUCACUGACCGAGACAAUAGCUGAUACCUUACCUUAGCUAAGGAGGUUUAAAACAGAUGCAGAUUAACAGUAUUAAUAUAUAAUAACAGAUGAAUAACUACCGGUGACUCAACUACCGCCUGAUCGCAGACGACCGCUGGGAACUCGUUUACUGACGGAGACAAUAGCUGAUACUUAAAACAGAUGCAGAUGAAUAAUAUUAAUAUAUAAUAACAGAUUCAUAUUAAAAAAACAAAAAAUCUGAAAACUACCGGAGAAAGUGUUAAAUCAGUUUUUUUAAGUCUUAAAAGGUCUUGAAAAGUCUUAACAAAUCUUAAUAGUCUCAAAAAGUGUGAGACUAUGUUAAAAACUCUUAAUAAUUUCUAAAAAGUCUUUAACAUUGUAAUAAGUAUUAAACUCUAUAAUUAUCUAAAAGCUACCGGAGACUCAACUACCGGAUAGUUAGAGACAACAGCUGGGAGUCUUAAAAAGUCUUUGAGACUAAAUAAGACUUAAAAUGUGUUAAAAGUCUUUAAAAGUUCUCAUAAGUCUUUUGAAUACGUAAUAAGUCUUUAGAAGUAUUUAAAAGUCCUCGUGAAAAUCCUCAUAAUUCUUUUUAAAUCUUUAAGUCUUUAAAAUUCCUAAUAAGUGUUAAAUAAGUCUGAAAAUGUCUUUGAAAAACUUUAGACUUUUUAAGAAUUUCAAAGUCUUUAAAAAACGUAAAAUAUCAAAAGAAAUCUGUUUUAGAUAUUUUCAUUCUUAAACCCAAAUAGUUUUUGUCUCUGACACGUGAAGAAAAUGAAAAGUAUAAUAAUGUUUAUUGUUGUAACAUUGGAAUUAAAAAACGUACUGUAGGAUCCUCGUGUUCAUCGUCCAGGAGAAGAUCGAAGAAAACCAGACGCUGUGAAAUAAAUAUGCAAAAAGGAAAUAUUCAAAAAAGUGAUUUAAUUGGUUCUGAAACUAGAAAUAACUGAUUAAAUAAACUCAAGAACUCUCACCUGAAGAGGACAGUUGAAGUCAUCGUAGAAUGUAACGUCAAUAAUGAAGACCACAACUCCCAUGAUGCAACACUACCUCACCUCUUUAGCAACAGAGAUUCACUUUUAAUUUUCCACUGAACUUUUCUAAGAUGUUGUGUAACUUUGUUUUAAUGCUUACUGAUCACUGAAUGUGUGAAAUGAUUAAAUUAAUUCAUUAAAAUAAAAUGUCUUUUAUGAAUUAUUUUGUGAGCAGCAG